CUAAACGGAUAGAGUUUACCUUCAGCCUUGUCGAAAUUUUCACUAUUAAUUAAGAUUCUUUAGUUCCAAACAAGCCCAAUUCGAAGCUCGCUAAACUGGUUUGACCCAAUCCGUCUUCUUUUGUUAUCCAAAGCCCAAUGAACUUGGCGGGAACAAGGCGCUAAAGCGCGGUCAAGUGUCAACUCUCAACUGGCAAGUGGCUAAGGCAAACUUGGUAAGGCUAGGCUAAAGCUAACCCUCCGUCUUCCCAAGUCCCAACCACGACAGUUCAGUGCGGGCAAUUGAUCCAACACUGAGAACGACGACUCAGAAACCUCAAACCAAAGGCCAUCUCGACGGCCGAAAAUCUCGUGAGUUUCCCUUUCUCUUCAUUUGUUUCCUUCCCGUUGGGUGCUGGGCUCCUUUCAUUACGAUGUUACAGUAAGCUUUCUUGCUUCGGAUGCAAUCUCGUGUUCGCGGUAGGUGGGCGGGUAGUUUCCGUCGCUUAUUUGAUUCGACCCCCAACAGAGAGACUCUGUAAAGAUUUCAUCUUGAUAUCGUUUAAGGGUUGUUUGACAUGACACCAUAGGCUUGAAGGGGGAUCUGUCCGUGUCACGGGAAAUCAACGUUGGGAAUGGAUGUCGUUUUUCUUUAUGAAAUUUCUGCUAAUGGAAUGCGAUUUUGAUGCUGAACUCUGAACUAUUUUGAUGACUGAAUUCGUAAGCCUAUCAGUCGGGAAUUCGUGAUGAUUUGUUCACCCUGCGCUUGUCUCUGAGUGGGUUAUGAGUGAAGUCUCCUCUUUUUUUCUUUUUCUUUUUUUCGCAACUGAAUUUGCUAUCUUCGCUGUAGCUUAUGCUUCUCAGGUUGAUUUGUAGUCAAUUGGGUUGAUGCAUUAGUGGAACAUGAUUAACUAUGAACUUAGGACUCUCCAAUGUGCUUGCUAUGCAUAGUCAUGAUGUUUUCCUCUUGCUGUUAACUGAAUACCAAGUUAACCUUAGACCCGAAAUGUGCCUUCUCUCUAUGUUAAGUAUUAUUGGUUGGACUUCUAGGCUUCCUACCAAUUCUGUGUAUCUGCACUUUCCCCCUCUAUGCUUUGACCCUGUGUGUGUGCGCGCGCGUACGUGCUUUUAUAUUUCCAUCCUCCUGUGUCAUAUUUGACCUUCAAUGCACUAAGAUUCUGCAUUUCCUUGCAGAACAUUCACUCUCCUUUUCACCAAUUUCAGCAUGCAAAUCAUUAGGAAGACAAUUCUGAGCCACAUUAGGCUGAGGGUAAUUCCUCAACAAUGGUUGCCUUAUCAGAGGGCUGCUGUGUUGAAGCAAUUGCAAAUGCCAUAUUGUGCUGCUACAGGUGCAAUCCCUGAGCAGGUUAUGGAGCGGGUGAUUGGACUGGUUAAGAAAUUUGAUAAAAUUGAUGCCAAUAAGGUUACUGAAAAUGCCGAUUUCCAGAAAGAUUUAUGCCUGGACAGUCUAGAUAGGGUGGAGCUUGUGAUGGCUUUUGAGGAGGAGUUCGCUGUUGAGAUCCCCGAUGAAGAUGCAAACAAACUCUGUUGCUGUGCUGAUGUUGCCAAAUACCUAUCUUCUGGCAACAGCGAAUGAAGAGUUCUCAGCUUGCGAUCGAUUCUUAGUUUCACCACUUUAUUCUUGAAUGUUGUAUCUUCUAGUCUUACGACUAUGUCUAUGUGUUAGCCAUUCGCGGAAUAUAUUUAAGGUCGGGAAUAUAAGAUUCAAUAUGAUCAGCAGUGUUAUUUCCACCCUUAAUCAUAUAGCAAACACUCAAUAUUUACAUCCCAAUCGCAUCUAUGUUUCCUAUAUUGUGCAUCUUACAAACUUUCCAGACAAUGAAAAAAGGAAAUCAAGUCCUUUGAAAUCCAAGCUGUGACUAGUAGCGCCAUUACAAGGAAUCCAAAAGGUCUGCCAUGCCAUCAUCUACAUUGCGAUCUCUGUUUCAAUGUUAUGUCUGGUCUUAGAACAUGCUUGCAGAGGUUUAGAAGCUGAAUGCAGGAACUCUAUCUUGCCAGUAGAGUAAUUUCGAAUGCCAUUGCCAACAGAGGACAACUCCAAGGCCUUGUGUUUCUGGACAUAAGCUGGUCUGCAAGUCGACGUCUUUGGCAUCCUCAAAACCUUAACACAACAUGUCUUGUCCAUUGCAGGUAUGCCAUGGAGCUCCGAAGGAAGAUCGAUCGUGAAAUCUCCGAAUUCGUCUGUCACGGUUUGUAAAGAAGUUGAUCUCCUUUGGUUCCCUCUGCUUAGGCAGUUGACAGCCACCAAAGCACCUGCAGAAAUGAUGAAUUGAUGUUUGAAUUAAAUUGAAGAUGAAAUGUGGCGUUAUCAUUGGUAAUGACUGCAUUUUUUUAUUUAUUUCAUUCAAUAGGGGGUGAAUUGAAAUCGAUUAGUGAUGUUAACUAAAGUCAUCAUUUAUGUGCUAAUGCGAAUUUACUUCUGUAAUAUUCUAUCAAGGAAAUAGAUCCUUGAGCAAAUUUAUGGUGAGAGGUAGCUGUGUUGGAUGUUGAUGUGCCCUUUUUGUCUUAAAGCUGAGAAUUCAUCUUGAACCCAAAGGAAUUGAACAUCAAAAUUAUAUGCAGCCUUGCAUUAUGAGGUAACAUCAGAUUGUGGUCAUAUCUUUUAUUAUAUUGAUUCGACUCUAAAUUGUAAAUUCUGCUUGAGAAUGACGACAUUUAUAAUUGUGUCAAACUAGAGUAUAACAUUCAAACCUUAAGUUAAAAAUAUAAAUUGAGUUUGAAAAUGAUAACAUUUAUAAUUGCGUAGAACCAAAGUACAAUUGACAACCAGGGAAGAAUAAGUCUCUCCUAACAAGAGUCUUCUUCUUCUAACUUUUCUUGUUGUCUAAUAUUAACAUAGAAAAGAAGAUGUGUUUUAUUUAUUUAUUUGGUCAUCUCUUUUGGUAGGUAAGAAAAUAAGAGAUGUUGUAUCAAUUUGGUAAUGCUUUAGAGCUACCUAUUAAUCUACCCAAGCUUAUAUUGCAAACUUCUUUUCUUUUUCUUUCAUUGCUUCAAACGACAAGUUCUUAAUAUGCAAGUCACAAAGAGGCCCCAAAUAUUUCAUAAGAGAAAGGGAAGAGAUAUGUCGUUCAUAAGCCACAACGACAUGCAUCCUACUAUUGUGUUGACACUUCAAAAUAUUUUUAAUGUUAAAUAGAAUUCAAAAUACACUUUAGUCCCUCCUCCUCCAAAAAAAAAAAAACACUUUAGUCCCGACCACAGCUUCACCUAUUAAACAAAGAUGACAUAUUACUUGUGAACCGAGUAACUUAUCGAUAUAAAGUUUAUAUGUGCAC